CUCCUUGGGAGGUUCUUCAUCCUCAGGACUGAUCAUCAGACCCUGAAAUGGAUGAGAACCCAGCCGGUACUCUCUGACGCUCUCAAGUGUUGGAUCGAAGUCAUUGAGCAAUAUGACUUUGGCCCUCAGUAUCUCAAAGGGGAGUAUAACAAGGUUGCUGACGCCCUGUCGCGCAGACCAGACUUCUCAGGUGCGCUGAUUACUGAGUUCAGUCUUACGAACAAUGUUACUCAAUCUUUGGUGGAAGCCUAUCGCGAGGACCAGUUUAUGUCUGAGAUCCUACGCAGACUUGAGGCGAAGGACAAGAAGACGUCCGUCGAGUUUGAGUUGGUUAAUGGCUUGCUGUUCCUUGAGAAGGCAGGGAAUAAACGAUUGUGUGUUCCCAAUAGUGAAUCUUUGCGUAGUUUGUUUUUAGGUGAGUGUCAUGAUGCCACCGGUCAUUUCGGGUAUAAGAAGACCGCAGCCAACUUGCUGCAGCGAUUCUGGUGGCCCACGAUGAUGCGAGAUGCCCAGCUGUACGUGGAGACUUGUCAAGUUUGUCAAUGGGACAAACCACGUACUCAAACUCCUCUUGGGCUGCUGAAGCCCCUUCCAAUUCCGGAACGGCCUGGUGAGAGUCUGUCCAUGGAUUUCAUGGAUACUCUGAUCACCAGCAAGAAUGGAAUGCGUCACAUCUUCGUCAUCGUGGAUAGAUUUAGUAAGUAUGCUAGGUUAGUAGCUAUGCCGGAAACAGCAAAGACGGAGUACGUGAUUAAAAUGUUUAAAGAGAACUGGGUCAGAGACUUUGGUCUACCGAAGUCCAUUGUUAGUGACAGGGAUGUGAGAUUUACAAGCGAGUUGUGGAAGGCUGCUGCUACAGAGCAGGGCACUCAGUUGCAAAUGACUUCUGGGAAUCACCCAGAAGCUAACGGCCAGGCUGAACAACUGAACCGCGCUGUACAACACCUGUUGAGGCCCUAUAUCAAGCCCAACCAGGUGGACUGGGAUGAGAAGCUUGCUCUCGUCGCCAGUCUGUAUAACAAUGCAGUACACAGUGCCAUUGGGAUGAGCCCGAACAGUUUACAAUUGACUUUCAAGCCGAGACUACCCCUUGAUUUCCUCCUACCUGAGCAUGAAUCAACUGUUGCACCGGGUACGUUAGAGUUUGCUCACAGAUAUGAACAGAAAAUGCAGCAGGCUGUAGAACAGAUGCAGAAGGCACAAGCAGCGAUGAUAGAGUCCGAAAAUAGACACCGCCGGCCUUCUACAUUUCAGGUUGGGGACAGAGUCUGGGUUAAGUCUUCAGAACUGGGGCAGGAGUAUGGGAUAUCCCGCAAACUCAUGCCUCAGUACUUUGGACCUUGGGAAGUCUUGGACAUCGCCGGAACAGAUCCGGAUGGGCCAUCAUAUGUUGUCCGUAUUUCUGGUCAUCUUCAUACUUACCCUGUCUUUCACGCCUCCAAGCUGGCACCUUUCAAAGAGACUGACCAGUUUCCAUCUCGUCGCUCAAUGCUGCCCCCAACCAUGAACGGAGAAGUCGACAUCGAUGAUAUCGUUGACCACAGGGAGAUGCCUGUUCAGAAGCCUCCAAAAGCCAAAGCUGCAGUUUAAUGUCCACUUCAGACAUCUUACGGAUCCGAAGGAGGACCGCUGGUUUACUCGGGAGGAAUUGAUGCAGACCGCUCCUCAAAUCGUUGCCCGCUAUGAGAAGGAUGUAUCGAAAGGAAAGCGCCAGAUUGCUCAGGAUUGA